GAGGACGUUGCGUGCUCGCUCGCGCCAGGCGAGUCUCCGCGUCUCCCUCGCGAACUCGGUGAAAGGAAUUGGCGCCGUUCGACACCAGGCGGGUCCGCUCUGCAGCACGAACCCACCUCCAGCCGCAGCCGCAGCCGCCGCCCGGGCCGAGGAGCAGCCGCAGCAGCCGCCGCCAGUGGCCGAGUGAGCGGAGCCGAGUUUGAGCCAGCGCCUAGCGGUGAUUCGGGGCCCUCACCAUGAGUUCGUCGCCUGUUAAUGUAAAAAAGCUGAAGGUGUCGGAGCUGAAAGAGGAGCUCAAGAAGCGGCGCCUGUCCGACAAGGGCCUCAAGGCCGAGCUCAUGGAGCGGCUCCAGGCCGCGCUGGACGACGAGGAGGCCGGGGGCCGCCCCGCCAUGGAGCCCGGGAACGGCAGCCUAGACCUGGGCGGGGAUUCCGCCGGGCGCUCGGGAGCAGGCCUGGAGCAGGAGGCCGCGGCCGGCGGCGACGACGAGGAGGAGGAAGAGGAGGAGGAAGAGGAGGGGGUCGCCGCGCUGGACGGCGACCAGAUGGAGCUGGGGGAGGAGAACGGCGCCGCGGGGGCGGCCGACUCGGGCCCGAUGGAGGAGGAAGAGGCCGCCUCGGAGGACGAGAACGGCGACGACCAGGGUUUCCAGGAAGGGGAGGAUGAGCUCGGAGACGAGGAGGAAGGCGCGGGCGACGAGAACGGGCACGGGGAGCAGCAGGCUCAACCGCCGGCGACGCCGCAGCAACAGCCCCAACAGCAGCGCGGGGCCGCCAAGGAGGCCGCGGGGAAGAGCAGCGGCCCCACCUCGCUGUUCGCGGUGACGAUAGGGGUGUUGUGUGUUAUAGGAGACGGCAAAACAGAGCAGAAAGGCGGAGAUAAAAAGAGGGGUGUUAAACGACCUCGCGAAGAUCAUGGCCGUGGAUAUUUUGAGUACAUUGAGGAGAACAAGUAUAGCAGAGCCAAAUCUCCCCAGCCACCUGUUGAAGAAGAAGAUGAACACUUCGAUGACACAGUGGUUUGUCUUGAUACUUAUAAUUGUGAUCUGCAUUUUAAAAUAUCAAGAGAUCGCCUCAGUGCUUCUUCCCUUACUAUGGAGAGUUUUGCUUUUCUUUGGGCUGGAGGAAGGGCAUCUUACGGUGUAUCAAAGGGCAAAGUCUGUUUUGAAAUGAAGGUUACAGAGAAGAUCCCAGUGAGGCAUUUAUAUACAAAAGAUAUUGACAUACAUGAAGUUCGGAUUGGGUGGUCUCUAACGACAAGUGGAAUGUUGCUUGGUGAAGAAGAAUUUUCUUAUGGGUAUUCUCUAAAAGGAAUAAAAACAUGCAACUGUGAGACUGAAGAUUAUGGAGAGAAGUUUGAUGAAAAUGAUGUGAUAACAUGUUUUGCUAACUUUGAAAGUGAUGAAGUAGAACUCUCCUAUGCAAAGAAUGGACAAGAUCUUGGCGUUGCCUUCAAAAUCAGUAAGGAGGUUCUUGCUGGACGGCCACUCUCUCAGCAUGUUCUCUGCCACAACUGCGCUGUUGAAUUUAAUUUUGGUCAGAAGGAAAAGCCAUAUUUUCCAAUUCCUGAAGACUAUACUUUUAUCCAGAAUGUCCCCUUAGAGGACCGAGUUAGAGGUCCAAAGGGGCCUGAAGAGAAGAAAGAUUGUGAAGUUGUUAUGAUGAUCGGCUUGCCAGGAGCUGGAAAAACUACCUGGGUUACUAAACAUGCCGCGGAAAAUCCUGGUAAAUACAACAUUCUUGGAACAAAUACCAUAAUGGAUAAAAUGAUGGUGGCAGGUUUCAAGAAGCAAAUGGCUGAUACUGGAAAACUGAAUACACUGUUGCAGCGAGCCCCACAGUGUCUUGGGAAGUUUAUUGAGAUUGCUGCCCGUAAGAAGCGAAAUUUUAUUCUGGAUCAGACAAAUGUAUCUGCUGCUGCCCAGAGAAGAAAAAUGUGCCUGUUUGCAGGCUUUCAACGAAAAGCUGUUGUAGUUUGCCCAAAGGAUGAAGAUUAUAAGCAAAGGACACAGAAGAAAGCAGAAGUAGAGGGAAAAGACCUGCCAGAACACGCUGUCCUCAAAAUGAAAGGAAACUUUACACUGCCAGAGGUAGCUGAGUGCUUUGAUGAAAUAACCUAUGUUGAACUUCAGAAGGAGGAAGCCCAAAAACUUUUGGAGCAGUAUAAGGAAGAAAGCAAAAAGGCGCUUCCACCAGAAAAGAAACAAAACACUGGCUCAAAGAAGAGCAAUAAAAAUAAGAGUGGCAAGAACCAGUUUAACAGAGGCGGUGGCCAUAGAGGACGUGGUGGAUUCAACAUGCGAGGUGGAAAUUUCAGAGGUGGAGCUCCUGGGAAUCGUGGUGGAUAUAAUAGGAGGGGCAACAUGCCACAGAGAGGUGGUGGCGGAGGCGGAAGUGGUGGAAUUGGCUAUCCAUACCCUCGGGGCCCUGUCUUUCCCAGCCGAGGUGGCUACUCAAACAGAGGGAACUACAGCAGAGGUGGCAUGCCCAACAGAGGGAACUACAACCAGAACUUCAGAGGACGAGGAAACAAUCGUGGCUACAAAAAUCAAUCUCAGGGCUACAACCAGUGGCAGCAGGGUCAAUUCUGGGGUCAGAAGCCAUGGAGUCAGCAUUAUCACCAAGGAUAUUAUUGAAUACCCAAAUAAAACGAACUGAUACAUAUUUCUCCAAAACCUUCACAAGAAGUCGACUGUUUUCUUUAGUAGGCUAACUUUUUAAACAUUCCACAAGAGGAAGUGCCUGCGGGUUCCUUUUUUAGAAGCUUUGUGGGUUGAUUUUUUUUCUUUUCUUUUUUGUACAUUUUUAAUUGCAGUUUUAAAGUGAAUCGUAAGAGAACCUCAGCAUUGUGCACGAUAAGAGAAUGUGUCAGUAUUUCAGGGUUCUACAUUUUAUCUGUAAAAUGUGACUUUUUUUUUAUCACAACAAAAGUAAAAUGUUGCUUUGUACCUGGUGUCUUUUAUUAAGAAUUUACUCCCCCCAUUUCUCACAGAGAUAACAGUCGGGAGUCAUUGUCACAAUAUAAUAGAAAUGUUAGCAACCAGAUUCAUGUAAGGACUGAGCGGUCCUCAUGAAUUGCAUAAGACUCUGUACUGCUCGUAUUGCACUCCAUCCUCUCUGUAGUUUGCUGAGUAGUGGAGGGGGUAAGCUAAAUAGUAGUUUCUGGCAAUAACUGGGAAGGCUUUUUCUUUUUAAAUAACAAUGGAAUUGGCAUAAGUGAAUGAAGAUACAACUUGGAACUAAGAUAGAGAAGAUGGAGUGUAUGUAGAAGGGCUGUUAAAAAUGUAAAACUUGGUUGCAUUAUUUGUGGAGGCUCAAACUUGUGAAGGUUAAAUACCAUAAUUUUUCCAUUUGUUCUGCAUUUUGAUUCUGAAAAGAAAGCUGGCUUUGCCCAUUUCUUAUUAAAAAAAAACUUGUUGUAAAUCCAGUUGUCUAAUGGGAUCUAUAUGAAGUUAGCUCUGUCUGUAUGCCCUUCUCCCACAAGAUACUGUAUAACUAGUGUGCUUGUAGUAGUUUCCUCCACCAUCUUUGUAAGCUAAUGCAAUUGUGAGUCACCCAUUUAUAUCUUAAUUUUUAAUCAUGUCAGUUUUUGAAUGGGUAUCUCCUUAGCCUGCUGAUUUCUUUUUCUUUCUAAAGAAAGUGGGUGGAGAAAUUAAUUUAGACGUUUGUUUGCAAUAAAAAGAAUUCAUUUUA